GACGUAAACAUUGUCACUUCGUGCAUUUUUUUUUCUAAUCUCGUAAACGCUAACGUCCAACUUUUCACCGAGUCCAAUGGCAGAGACCGCGCCCGCUCCGGCAGCCACCACGGCCAAAGCUCCGAAGAAGAGGUCCGCCGCGAAGUUGAGGAAGUCCGGUCCGAGCGUUUCAGACCUGAUCCUGAAAGCCGUGUCCGCGUCCAACGAGCGCAAAGGCGUGUCGCUGUCCGCGCUGAAGAAGGCGCUCUCGAACGGCGGGUACGAUGUCGAAAGGAACAACUCGCGCGUCAAGAUCGCGCUCAAAGCGCUCGUGAAGAAGGGCUCGCUCGUGCAGACUAAAGGCACCGGAGCAUCCGGCUCGUUCAAGGUGAGCAAAGGCGGCGCGGUGAAGAAGCCUGCCAAAAAGAGCGACGUCAAAGCCAAGAAGCCUGCGCCGAAGAAGCCGGCGGCGAAAGCGGCCAAGCCGAAAAAGGCACCAGCCAAGAAGCCGGCUACUAAAAAGGCGCCGAAGAAAGUAAAGAAGCCUGCAGCGGCCAAAAAGAGCACAAAGAGCCCGAAGAAAGCGAAGAAACCCGCUGCCAAGAAAGUGACCAAGAGCCCGAGUAAGAAAGUCAAAGCUGCAAAGCCGAAAACAGCCAAACCCAAAGCGGCCAAGGCCAGGAAAGCGGCUGCAAAGAAGAAGUAAGCAACAACUUGUCAUAUUUUCAACUUCAAAAUACCGGCAGCAUAACGCUAUAAUCUGAAAGAGCUACGGAAAGGGUUAAAAUUUUGGACUGAGCAUGCGCAGAACUGAUUCGAAUCCUACGGCCUGACGAGUGGAGGAGUGAUGAGAGUGUGCUGACAGGGCUGGAGAGGAACACCAGCGAGAUCAACAGCGGCGCACUCAACAUUAGCCAUGUUUCCAUCCGAGGACAAACUUCUUCCUUCACACACACAACAUGACUCGUGGGUAUAUCUGAAUAUACAUAUAUAUUUUUUCUAAUAUUGUCUUUUUUUUUUUAUUGAUACAAAAUGUUUGUUAACCUGAAACUAAAUAAGUUAAAACAUUUCUUGUCUGCUCCGUCCGCACUUCCGGUAGAGAAAGUAGUGGUUUUGGUUGUUUUAUUUUUAAACGGAAGUGACGUAAACAGUAGUGGAACUGAUGAUUUGAAUGGAAAUGUUGCUAUUGGUGUAGUGGACUCUGAAAACACAACCCUCUCUCACUACCUCUACACAUCACGCACAAAUCCGACUAAGGCUUGGUGCAGAUUCCCAGUCCUUCCUCCUCCUCCUCCAGCCACUGAGACCACAGACCCGAAGGAAAAGACCACAAAAGCAAGUCCUUACACUAAAAUUCCAUCUGCACACAACAUUUCAGAUGUUUGACUUUUUUCAGAUCUGUAAUUAACCUUUUUUUUUUUUUUUUGAAAGUUUGUGCUCAUGUUAGUCCCAUUUUUUUCCCUUUUUGUAAAUACAUACCAAUUGAAACUUCAUGUAAAUACCAAGAACAAAAAUGUUAAUUUAUUUAUUUGUGUAACAAUAACAGCUUUUCUGUAAUUGUGAUAUGUCUUUUUUCAUUUAAACUUUGAAGCAUUUGUGUAUAUAUCUUAAAAAACAUUUUAAUACAAAAAAUCCAAAUAAAACAAGUGUAAAAUCCA